AGCCAGGAGGGCAUACAUGUGGAGGAUCCCUUAUAAACAACCAAUGGGUGAUGACUGCAGCUCACUGCACGUCAGGCACCACAGAGAGUGAGUGGACUGUGUAUCUGGGUCGUCUGGUUCAACAGGGGUUCAACCCGAACGAGGUGUCUCGAUCUGUAGCACAGAUCAUUCAGCAUCCUGACUAUCUUUCAAGUGGCUUCACCAAUGACAUUAGCCUCCUGGAGCUCUCAGACACCGUGUUUUUCACAACCUACAUUUUGCCAGUCUGCCUGUCAGCGUCAGGCAGCACCUUCAACACCGGCACAGACAGCUAUGUCACUGGGUGGGGGAUGAUCAGUGAAACAGCCUCGCUUCCAUCUCCACAAACUCUUCAGGAGGUGAAGGUGCCAAUUGUAGGUCCCAGAAGAUGCAAAUGUGACUAUGGAGCUUCAGUUAUCACUAACAACACAAUCUGCGCUGGAUUACGGGAGGGAAGGAAGGACACCUGCCAGGGUGACUCAGGUGGUCCACUGGUGAUCAAGAAUAACAUUGUUUGGGUCCAGGCUGGAAUUGUGAGUUUUGGAGAUGGUUGUGCUCAGCCUAAUUCCCCUGGAGUCUACACCAGAGUGUCUGUGUAUGAGACCUGGAUUAAAAGUCACAUCACCUCAAACCAGCCUGGCUUCAUCAUCUACACAUCCACUGGGACCGACAGUGACCUCAGUGUCUCCUGUACUGACGUGACGUCAAUUCAGACCGUAGCUAAAAUCAUACCUCCAUCCCCAACUCCUGUCCCUGCAAUAGUUACUUCCAAACCUGUGCUGUGCGGUCAGGCCCCAUUAAACUCACAGACUUUGGGAGCAAACUCUGCUGCCAUCGCGGGUGAGUGGCCAUGGAUGGCGAGCUUGCAAAGGAAUGGAAGCCACGUGUGCGGUGGGACUCUGGUAGCUGAGCAGGCUGUGCUGAGCGCUGCUGGUUGUUUCUUAAGUUCAACCAAUCCGUCUGAAUGGACUGUCAUCUUGGGUCGUUUGAAACAGAAUGGAUCCAACCCCUUUGAGAUAAAACUGAAGGUGACAAAUAUCACUUUGAGCAACCUGACUGGGUCUAACGUGGCGGUGCUGCACCUGGCAACCCGACCAACCCUGUCUGACUACAUCCAGCCCAUCUGCAUGGACAGUGGACAGAACUUUCCUGUCAACUCUAUAUGCUGGAUAGCUGGAUGGAGCUCCCAGCGAGGAGGAGAGGAACAAGUUCUGCAGGAGUUCCAGACCUCGGUGGUGGACUGUGAGAAUGCAUCAGUGGCAAGUGACAGCAUCUGUACAGGACCUGUUACUCUGCACGAGACUAAUGCUGGAGGACCUCUGAUGUGUAAGGUGGAUGGUUCCUGGUAUCAGGUGGCAGUUUUACGAGUUGGCAACACCACCAGUGGUAUAAGCCAAGCUCAGAGGAGUCUCACUAUAAUGGUCUUCCCUGAAAUGAAUCGGUUCAAGUCCUUCCUGGAUAAUACUGUGGGUGGGUUCUUACCAGGAUCUGUGAGGAGCAAAGCAAUGUCACCAAUCAUCGAUGGCAACAUGACCACAAGCACAACCACUGCCACAAAUACAAGAACAAACAUAACCACAGCUCCUCCUGUUUCCAUGUUGUCCACAGACAGCAGCACCACUGCAGGUUCUCCACCUCAUUCUCCCUUCCUCUCCUUCUUCAAUCUUCUCCUUUUCUCUGUGUCUCCACCUCUGCUUGUUGAAAGAACCUUGAUGUCCAACCAUGUUUAAUCUGUAUAUACAGUAGUGUUCAGAAUAGUAGUGCUAUGUGACUAAAAAGAUUAAUCCAGGUUUUCUCACAAA